GGCAGUACGUAAUUUACUAACAAUUUAUCAAAAUUUAUAUGUCACUAGCUGGUAGCAAGUUAAUCUAUGUAAUCAUAUUGAAAUUAAGGGGGAAUAUGUUCUAUUUGAUUGAUAUUUACUUAUAUUUCCCAAUGAAUAAAUAAUAUACAUCAUUGAUCAAGUGCAUGAUGAACAUGAGCGUUAAAUUUAUUUUACCUUAUUUAAAAAUUCAAGCACGUAAACAUUUGAUAGAUACCUAAUAGGUUGGUAAUUAACUAGCUUACUAUGUAAAUACAAUGCCAUGGUGAGUAGUUAGGUACUUUAUUCGUGUUGUUCCAUUUCCAUGGCCUAUUCCCGCCCUGUAUUACGUUUAUAAAUUAUAAUUUAUAAACAAAUAAAAUUAUGUAACACUCACUUUCGUCUAAGUACCUAAUGUAAUAUGAAAGUAAGUUUAUUAUACUUACUGAGAAAUUUCAAAAAGCGAUAAUCCUACCUACUUAGUACUUUUUCCGAUACCUACGGGAUUUGAACCCAAAACCUCUAAUUUGUGGCGUUUGCGACCAUAAAAACUUGUACACACAAUUAGAGAAGUACCUACCUACUUAACUAAAUUAAUACUAUGGUCGCUUAGAAAUAGAUUGUGAACCAUUAGAUAAUCCUCGAGCGUUACAUUUCCCUAAUGUCGAUCACAAACAUUUCCCUAUAGAUAAGGAUCCUAAUGUUAUUUAAUGUUUUUUUUUUCUAUUUGAUUAUGUAUUAAAUAUACCUACUACUGAAGGGUAAGUAAUACAUUUGAUAGGCACUUAACAAGACGGAAAUACGAAGUGGGGUUCUCUGAUAACAUGGGCGGACCCGACCUAUGUUUACCUCCAGUUAAUUGACCACAACGUUUUGACGCUACGAAAUUACCCACGCACACAUUCACGAACCACACUUUAAUAACUUUCUUCACUAGUCUGUGCCACUGCUUCCCUCGUUUUAUAAGUAUUAGAAAGGUCUUAACAUCGUCAUGGCUAGUCCACUGUAGGAACCUACAUAUAGAAAAUAAUCACUUCAUCAAUUUGACAAAAUCCAAAGCGCCUAAAUUAUUUAGGUUAUCAUUAGGGGAGAGACGGGAAGUAUAAACAUACAAGAUAGCUUAAAUACGAGUAAAAUCAAUUUAAGUAUUUAAGCACCCUAACGUAAAAACAUAAGUAUUAAGAAUAGACAUACAAACAUACCUACUGUUUGUAUACUUGCACAAAAAGGAGCUAUUGCUAUUUCCAUUACUCACAUUGGUAUUUCAUACAGUUCAUUAGUUUGAUGUAGGUAGGUAAACGUUGUCGUUUCAUAGUAAAUUAAUAAAACGAAACAGUUUCAAUCCGCUAGCGUGUCGGUUAGUGCGGAGAACUUUUCACAAAUAACUUCAUUAUGAAAGUGGGUGACGUUCCAAAUAAUGGUUAUUUGAUAAAUAAUUCGUACGCUUCAAUGAUACCUUUGAUAUGGAUCUUAAAAAUAUUCGCAUUAAACGGUAAUGUAGAUCCGACUCGAUCCAAGUCGUCCAUUCUCUUUAAAAGUGUCUGUGCAAUGUUAGUUCUUGGUUCUGUGAGUUUUUAUUGCUUAGCAUACAAAAUAAGCAAUAUUUACUAUAAGCUAGAUCUUUCUAUCAGACUUACAGACUCGGCACAGAUAAUUGCAGACUACUGCCAAUAUGCCAUGGAUUUAUACUUCGUUUAUAGAUAUGGAAGGCACAUGUACAUGGAAUACUUCAAACAGUACGAGAAAAUGGAUAACUUCCUUGACACGAAUUGUUAUCCUGCGAUGAAAAGAAAACUUAUUAAAAUAAUGACGUAUUUUACAAUUAUUUGGUUUCUGAGUUCCUUUAGUGAUAUGGGAGCAUGGGCUGUAACGUUUGGAUGGUGGAUUCCAUUCGUUCAUGUUAUAUCAUACGUGUUUCUGUACAUUAAAAUGCUGACGACAUUAGACUUGAUAGCCAACGUGAUACAAAUAGAGGCUCGACUUCGAAUGAUGAGUAAUCUUGUUCAAAAUUGCUACACUUGUACGGAAAUAUGUCCGAUUGGGAUGUUGGCGGAUUCUGUACGCAACAAAAAUUGGCUAUACUGUGAAGAUGAGAGACCACCUCAAAGUUCCAAAGUUCGUCCGGUGGAUAAUUACGAAAUUAAGCGGCUUUGCAAGUGUUACCUUCUAUUGACGGAGCAAGUGAUGUUCAUUAACAAAAUGUACGGAUUUAGGGUUCUGCUAAACACUUUAAAUCUGCUCCUGGACAUGGUAAAAAUAUUGAAUUUAGCAAUCAGAAUCACCAUCGGUACUCAGAAGACUCUUUAUAACGGCGACAAUUACAAUUAUUUACCGGGAUUUACGGGACUAAUGCGUUUUGUAACAUGUUGUACAAUUAUAAUUACUCUAGUAGAUCAGUGUGAACAAACCUAUAGACAAAGAGAGCGUAUCAUCAAUGUGAUUGACCAUCUUCUAUUGAACAAAAGGCCAGAUGAAGAUCUGAAACCUGCCAUAAUGGAUUUGAGGACGCUGCUACAAGACCGACCCAUCAGCUUCAACAUGUCUAAUUUCUUCUCACUAAACUAUUCUCUUUUAGUUUCUAUAGCUUCUGUUGUAGUAACAUACACUAUUAUAUUGUUACAAAGUGUAAAUUAAUCAUGUGUAUAUGAGGGUAAACUUAUUUAAAACAUUAUUGGUACCUAGGUAAUCGGAAAGUAGACCACGGAACAAAAUAUAUUAGGUAAAGUGACCACUCUUACCUAGGUACUUAGUUAAUUAAUCUUUUCACGUUUAUUCAUGCGAACUCUACAUUAAAACAGAGUUACAAUGAUUAUAGACCGUUUUAUUUUAUUGGCACGAACAUUAUGUUCAACUACCUACAUUUACAUAUUAAGGUCAUGGUUAUUGUUCUAAUCUUCUAA